AAUUAUUAUUAUUCCCACUAGAUUCAGCUGCCACCACCCCUGCCACUAUCAGCACCGCCGUCGCCGCCUCUGCGCCACGGCCACGGCCACCACCAUCACUCCCACCUGUAAAUUUAUCUCACAGAUUCAAACAUUAAUGGCCUAAUUUUUCUAUUUUUUUUCUUUUUUUUAUUUGUUUUUUUUGUUUUUCAUACAAUGCCUCAAAUCAAAAUCCCAAAUUCUAACCCUAAACCUAACCCUAACAAGUACGAAAGGCCACCCGUUCUGAAGAAAUCACGGACCAAUUCCGACGACGUGGUUCCGGCUCCUCACUUUCCUGGUCCUCUCUUCCCUGCUGUUCGCCGCUCCUCCCCAUCUCCUCCUCCUCCUCCUCCGGCGUCAUCCACGGCUGCCGAUGCGUCCGGAUUCUCCGAUCGUGACUGGCUCUUCCCCUCUUUCCUCGGCCCCCACACCGUGCGGGGCCGCGGUACCGUCCAGGCGGCUAAGUCGCCCAAGCACGACUUCUCUCACUCUCACUCCGGUUCCCCCAACCGCAGCCGCUCGAUGCCGUCCGGGUUAGGCGGCGGCGGGCAUGGUAAGAUGGUGGAGUCCAUGCGCCUAAUUGGGGCUCUUCGUCCGAGUACGGACGUGCCGGAGUCGGAGAAGGAAGCGAAACCGGUGGCGGUUCGAAGUUCUUCUUCGACGGGUUUAAGUGCUCGAAGAGCUCGCGGAUUUAAGCGCUCUGUGUAUCUCUAUUUGCUCAUUUUAACUUGUAUAUUUUCUGUCUCUUAUGCAAUUUAUCUGCGAAAUGAAGUAACAAAACUUCAGGGAGAGAUAACUUAUCUUCUUAAAUUGUGUAAUGAUAAAGAUGAUGUUCAUAAUCACAGCUACAAGGUUUUGAAGCUUGGGGAUGAUGGUUCAUCUUCUUAUUUUGGUAAUGCAGACAGUAGAACAGUUGCUCUGUAUACUGUGUUGUUCACACUUGCAAUGCCGUUUGUGUUUUACAAAUGUCUCGACUAUUUUCCCCAAGUGAAGAAUCUCUCAAAUAGAACAAAGUGUAACAAGGAGGAGGUUCCCUUGAAGAAGAGAAUUGCUUAUAUGGUGGAUGUGUGUUUCUCUGUUUAUCCUUAUGCAAAGCUGCUUGCGCUUCUCUUUGCCACCAUAUUUCUUAUAGGAUUUGGUGGCUUGGCACUGUAUGCUGUCAGUGAUGGUAGCUUAGCUGAAGCACUUUGGCUUUCAUGGACUUUUGUAGCAGACUCUGGAAAUCAUGCCGAUAGGGUUGGCACUGGCCAAAGGAUUGUUUCAGUUUCUAUAAGUUCUGGUGGCAUGCUGAUAUUUGCAAUGAUGCUUGGGCUUGUUUCUGAUGCUAUAUCAGAGAAGGUGGAUUCAUUGCGCAAAGGGAAGAGUGAGGUCAUUGAAAGGAACCACAUAUUAAUUCUUGGAUGGAGCGACAAGUUGGGUUCCCUUUUGAAGCAGCUAGCAAUAGCCAAUAAGAGCAUUGGUGGCGGUGUAGUGGUUGUACUUGCAGAAAGGGACAAAGAAGAAAUGGAGAUGGAUAUAGCAAAGCUAGAAUUUGAUUUCAUGGGGACAUCUGUUAUAUGCAGAAGUGGCAGCCCUCUUAUACUUGCCGACUUAAAAAAGGUUUCUGUUUCAAAGGCACGUGCCAUCAUUGUAUUAGCAUCUGAUGAAAAUGCAGAUCAGAGUGAUGCACGUGCUUUGAGGGUUGUGCUCAGCCUCACUGGAGUAAAGGAGGGUUUAAAGGGUCAUGUUGUUGUAGAGAUGAGUGAUCUUGACAAUGAACCCUUGGUGAAGCUUGUCGGUGGAGAACUCAUUGAGACGGUUGUUGCACAUGAUGUGAUUGGACGUUUGAUGAUACAGUGUGCUCUCCAACCAGGCCUUGCACAGAUAUGGGAAAAUAUUUUGGGGUUUGAGAAUGCAGAGUUUUAUGUAAAAAGGUGGCCUCAAUUAGAUGGUAUGCGUUUUGAAGAUGUCCUUAUUUCUUUUCCCGAGGCAAUUCCCUGUGGGAUUAAGGUGGCUUCAGAUGGUGGAAAGAUAAUCUUAAAUCCAGAGGAUAAUUAUGUUCUAAGAGAAGGUGAUGAAGUCCUUGUCAUAGCUGAGGAUGAUGACACCUAUGCACCAGACCCUCUUCCAGAGGUGCACAGGGUUCCUUUUCAUGGUGUUAUCCCUCCCCCAAAAUACCCUGAAAGGAUACUAUUUUGUGGCUGGCGACGUGAUAUUGAUGAUAUGAUUUUGGUAUUAGAAGCAUUUUUGGCUCCAGGUUCAGAGUUGUGGAUGUUCAAUGAGGUUCCCAUAAAAGAAAGAGAGAAGAAGCUUACUGACGGUGGAUUUGAUAUUUUUGGAUUGGUAAAUAUAAAACUUGUCCACCAUGAGGGAAAUGCUGUAAUCCGACGGCAUUUAGAGGAUCUUCCUCUGGAGACUUUUGAUUCUAUAUUAAUUCUUGCAGAUGAGUCUCUCGAGGACUCCAUUGUGCAUUCUGAUUCACGAUCUCUAGCCACACUCCUUCUUAUACGAGAUAUUCAGUCAAAGCGCCUUCCUGACAGAGAUACAAAGUCGGCUGCUUCACGGCAUUCAGGGUUCUCUCACAGCUCUUGGAUCCGUGAAAUGCAGCAAGCUUCAGACAAAUCAAUAAUUAUUAGUGAAAUUCUCGAUUCUAGAACAAGAAACCUGGUGUCAGUGUCCAGAAUCAGUGACUAUGUCCUAUCAAAUGAGCUGGUGAGCAUGGCACUAGCAAUGGUAGCUGAAGACAAGCAAAUCAAUCGUGUUCUGGAGGAACUGUUUGCUGAAGAGGGGAAUGAAAUGUGUAUAAGACCAGCAGAAUUCUAUCUAUUCGACCAGGAAGAGCUCUGUUUUUACGAAAUAAUGAUUAGGGGCCGUCAGAGACAGGAAAUUGUGAUUGGUUAUAGGCUUGCAACCACAGAGCGUGCCAUAAUCAACCCUCCAGACAAAUCCAAACGACGAAAAUGGUCGAUUGAGGAUGUUUUUGUUGUCAUCUCCAUAGAUGAAUGACAAGGAAACUAGACAACCAGUUCAUACCAAACACCCCAAAAACCACUCUCCCCCAACUCGAUUCUUUCCAUUCCACGAUUCAACCAACCAUACCAUUAUUCAUAGGAACAACUCACCCUUACAAUUCCAUUGCAUAAGUUUAAAGAUUUUCCCAGGAUAGUGACAGAAACUGCUGUUCCACUUUUAAUCUUGAUUCACCUUGUUAACUUAGUCUGUACGGGAAGAGAAAACUCACCAUGAUAUAGGGAGAUAAUGGGAAGGAUGUUAGAUUCUACUUACUUGAAGAUGGCUCUGGAAAAAAAAAUGUUGUACAAGGUUUUAGCAAAUAGUCAUUGUGAAAAAUGAGAAGAGUAGUUGUAGGUGGUACUUGUGUUCACUGAUGGCAAAUCUCAUUUGUGACAUUUUUGUCUUUGACAGGCCUUUGGAAAAAGAUUUGAUUCCAUUGUAGCAUCCUUGAGAACAAUGACUGCAAAGCUAGAAUGAGAACACAAAGGCUUUUAUGUAUGCAUACAUAGCAUGUGAUUGUUGUAUUAUUGAAUGGAUUAAAUUCUUAAUCUUAAUUUCUCAUAUCUUUGCAGAUGUGUUAAGGGUUC